AGGGCGGAGGGCGGUGCAGCGGCCAACAUGGCAGCCGCUGAUGUUUGUGUGAAUGACAGAGGCAGCGGACGCGAGUGACAGGGACUCCGGCCUCUCGUGCCUAGUCGUGCUCUUAUAUACGCUAAAUGUAUGUAUUGAUGUUAUAUACGGAAAAUAUCAGGUAUUUUUCUGAUUCAGUGUCAGUGCGAGUCGCGAGCAGCGUCGAGGGAAAUCCGUGGUCCUUCCACUCGUGCAUUGCCAAGCACAAUCUCGGAGUUAAUGCUCUGUUUUGGCGACCCGUCCAAGACUUCUCCGGGACAUCGGCCGAGGAAUGAUCCUUCAGUAUGGAUGAGAACAACACAAUAUGUGAAGCUUACGUUAAGAAGUUGUCCAGAAGGUGAGGUGCCAAACCUCACCUCUCCUCAAGACGCUUCCCACAGACCUCUUCCUCCUACACCGUCUUCCAAGUCCAACGAGCGCAUCACAGCUCCUUUGCCGGUUAAUACACAGUUACAAAAUCAAAUGGAAAUGAACAAAGGGAAGAUGCUUACCAUGUACCUUGAAAAGCAGCGCCGAGUACGCGACAACAUAAUUGUCGAGCUGCAGAGAGGCCCUUCAAAGGUUUUGCAGAGAAAUCUUGAGAAGGAGUUGGAUUCUAUAAAUCGUCAAAUUGCCAAAAUACAGGAGGAACUCAAGAAUAUGAAAGACAUUGAAGCUCAAUUACAUUCGCACCCGCGUCUUUCUCACAUCCCCAUAGCCAGCUACCCCACCAUCAGACACACACCCGUUCUGUGUCUGAGAUUCCCCCUCCUCUUCCUGCCCGAAGCCGCUCCCUUGUUUCCCAGAUAUCCGCUCCUAAUAUCUCUGGCUCCUUUGCCUCCCUUACCUGUGCCCCGCCUCUGCCCCCACGUCCCCCCCACCUGGAGAGGGUUGGGGAGGGAGGCCUAGCACAAAGUCUAGAGAACAUACAUAAGGUGCAGAGUCUCACUCAUUCGGCAAGUUCUGUGUCAGAACCUGGUAGCCGGCCACCGUCACACUACAGAGCCAAGUCAAGUCCUGAUCCCCUAGGUCUUCACAGUAGUCCAGGUCCAUGCAGAUUAAGUGGAAGUGACUCAGUCAGUGACUUAAGCCAGACUGGAUCAAAUACAAAUCGCAGUAAGGUAUCUUCUGUGUAUAGUGAAGACAUGGUUCAGGGAGAGCCUCCUGGAACCCCCCCUCCACCAUAUGGCUACUUACCUGCAGAUGAAGCAGAUGAAAAUUAUUCAGUAAUCAUUGAUGAUUGUGAUGGUGGGGGAGAGUUUGCACCUUCUGCUCCCCCCCUCCCUUCCCUUCCUGGCCCCCCCCUGCCCAGCAGACCAUCCUUACCUGGCCUGCCGCCCAAGCCAGGGUCGCAUCAUGCAAGUCCUUUUGCUUCUCAAGUUACAAGCCCUACCAGCCCAGAUGGACAGGUAACCCCAACCAGCAUGGCUGGUUUGCUGCCAACACAACCCAUAUUAAGCAUGGAAGAUGAGGAAUUUUCUGAUCCAGAACCUCUUGAAGACCAUGGACCAUUCCAGUCACUAAGUAAACUUUGGAACCACAAUGCUUACCUCUCAGUCUUCAUGAACUACGUCAUUUCAAAUUGCGACUCCUCCAGUCUGUUUUUCUACGUAAUAACCCAUCUCUAUAAGGAAGGAGUUGGAAAAGAAAUGAAAAGAUGGGCCUACGAGAUAACUUCUUGUUUUCUUUUGCCGGGUGCCCCUCUCCGACUUAGUAAUGUGGAAGAAAGUGUUCUUCAUGAGAUUGAUGAGACGCUGCAUAAUGAACUAGACAAGGAAGAAAUACUAAGAAAGGUAUUUUGGAAAGCAAGACAACGAUGCCGGGAGGAUUUGAAUGAACAGUUGGCAGAUUUCCGUAACAAGAGGAGUGCUGGCCUAGGUUCCAUAUUUGGUCCUAGAGACCAUGUUUUGGAGGAGAGCAUUCACAAUAAAGCCAAAGAACUACAGAUUGUGGAACAUCUUUUAGUGCCUUGCCUUGAGAGCGUGUCGGAGGAUCUGAAGAAUGCCACAGACCAAAUGUUAGUAACAGCCUCUAGUCUAGCCACCAUCCUGUUGAAAUACUAUGGGGUGCGAAGUCAGCAAGCUCAUACUCUUAUUGAUAGAUGUCCACUCUUUGUAAGCAAAGAGCGACCGCUAAGAAGCAAAAUCUUUAGGGGAAAUAAAAAGCAAGUUUACCGAGAACACCAGUUUAUCCAACAUACAUAUUACAGUGUAACAUAUUGUAAUCACUGUGGCCUCAUUAUCUGGGGUAUUGCCCCCCAGGGGUACCAAUGUGCCAAUUGUGAAAUGAAUAUCCAUAAGUCAUGUGCCAAGCAGGUAGAAGAGGUGUGUAUAGGGCAGCUCCACAAAAAAGACAGAAGCAGAGACAUACGAUUCAGCUCUAUUCUGGGGAAGAUCAUGCCUGACGAUAAAGACAACAGGCGGAAAGUCUCACAAGUCAAUGCUACACAGAAUGGUUCCGCCACAUCCAGGAAGCCCAAGAGGCAUAUGGGGCGCGGGAUGGGCGCAACAGAAGGUCGCAACCCCCGACGCCUUUGCCAGAUCCUGAUGAUCACCCAGGUUCAUCAGGGGAUGCUCUCAGAGAUGUUGAUGAUGAUGUUGAUGGGGGUGAAACAGCAGACGGCACAAAUGAUAUUUCUGGUGACACUAAAGCACAGUCAGGCAGUGGAAAGGCUGCUGAACCAGUAGUCAAGCCUGAGGAGCCUUUAAGCAGCACCUCGACAGCAUCACAACCUCCUGCUUCAUCUGAGACCCUUGCUAAUAAGACAGCAGAGGCUGAUGGGGCGAGCAGCGGCAGUAGCGGCCCAGGCGGCCCAUCCCCAUCGGCUGGCCGGAGCCCUGCCUCUGGUCGCCGUCUGCAGGAGGUCCAGAUCAUCCAGAUUGUGGAGGGCCCGACGCUCAUCCAACCCUCCGAGGUGAAGGUUUCUCAGGGAGUGGUCCUCUCUGCAGAGCCUGUUCUCACCCCAAUAGAACAUCUACGACGGAAAGACCUGAAGAUCCGCCAGGCUUUGGAGGAAAAAAAACAGACACAUUCAUGCAGACCAUCCAAUAAACAUUCCGAGAUGGAGGGUGCCCACUUUGAGAAUGUGGCCGACAUGGCUGGUGAACCAGCUGUUGGGAACAAGGAACCAAGAGAAUUAGUGUUAGCUGCCAUGUAUCAGGCCAAGUGUUUGCAAGAAACGCUCAAUGAAGCACUUAACAUCCGGGAAUCGGAUAUAGUAGCUGCAAGAGCCAAUAAUGAUAGUGCCAAUAAGCUCUCAAGUUUACCCCUGUAUCAAGCUCCUAUGACAAAGCUUAUGGCCAUAUCUACUUCCUUGUCACAACAACUGUCGUCUUUAUUGAAUUUAGUGUCAGAACGUGAUGAUGAGCGUGAUCGCAUGCGCAAAGAGCUUGUAGCAUCCAGAGAACGGCUGCAUCUUCUGCACAUGAGGCAAAACUCUCUAACAAACCAGACGUCAACACCCACCCAACACUCAGACAUCACCACCAGCACUUCCACGAUAGCUGCGACCCCUCCCACUGCCACCUCUCCACACACCUCACGACCAAGCUCCUUUGUGUCGGUGGCCUCCUCAGUGCCUGAUCAUUCAGAUUCUCUAGACCACCAUGAUACGGACGAAGAAGGUCGGGGUGAUGCUCCGAAAGUGAACAGCACUCACCAGGAGGAGGGAGAAGACUCAAAGGAAGGCUCUGUGGCAGAGACAUUUGAAGAUGCAGUAAGUGGCUCAGAGCCAGCAGACGCAGCAGCAGGAGAAGGAGAGCAUUCAUCAGGAAACAGGGAAUGUCUUGGGGAUGGGGCUGCAGUUAGAGGACCUGAGGGCAUAACAGAGUCCAGCACCACCUGAGGCCAGCAGAAAGAUGGUGGUGGUGGAGCUUCCUCCUCAUGGUUGUCGAAAGAUGUGCUCUGCUACACCCUGAGGGGAACAUGCAGGAAUCAUGUACCUCUGUAGCUGCCUUCUCUGCACAGCCUUUUUGGCUUCAACAGAAGGAAAAUGGAGGCUGGAGUGCAAAUCCCUGGCUUGGUGGCCCAGUCCUCCUAACUCUCCAAUCAUAGUGGAGUUACAUUGUCAAUAUAUAUUGAAAUUCAUAUAACAAGCGGGCUAGACAGCUUUGGUUACAGACCUGAGCAUAGCAACACAAAUUAUAUUUAAUUUACUGUGUAUGAUAUUGUAAAUGAGAAAAUAAUAUUAAAAUUCAUAUAAUUAUUGACUCCUGAUAGAGACGUUAUUGGCAGUGUGCAUGUGCAACAUAUGAACCAGACUGGCUGGACUUGGCAGUUAUCAUGACCAAUCAGCAUCGUGUAAAUACUAUAUCGUGGCCGUGUGUUGUGACACCUAAGCCCAGUGCACCCGAUGUUGGUACAGGGGUCUCCGUACAAUAUGUUUGGUACUGCGUAUACCAGGCUAUAUUUCUUAGUUGGGAGCUCAUCAUUAACUGGUAUUGAUUUUGGUAGCAUGUGAAACAAAUUUAUAAGGUUGUAAUAAAGAAGAUCUGUAUAGCAAAGAAAUUGGCUAAUUUUUUUUUAGGUCAACAAAUAUUUUGGUUGUAACUUUACCACCCAUUUGAUGUUGUCAGAUUGUUAUAUCUCAAGUAUACCUCAAUCUGUGUAUCCUGAAAUAAACCCGGUUCUGUCAGUAGUGUCAUACCACUUCUUGCUACUCACAUGCUACAGCCCAAUUUGACAUGGAAAUGAAUCUCCCAACAAGUGAAACCUCUCAGUCAGCUCUUUCAUUCAGUGUUUGUUGUUCUUUGUUCAAAUAUUGUAAACAAGUCACCUGGUGUCGUUUACGUUCCUAGUCCUUUGUGUUGCAGAUUGCUAUCAUCCUGCUGAGCGACUGUGGACCAACACCUGAUUUCUAAAAGUCACUAUGUUAGCAUGACAUACCUCUUUAUAUAGGACCAUCACCACUGAGUAAUUUGUGUAGCCCUUCAGGAGGAAUUGAAGGACCACUUGGGUACUUUGAUAGAAAGAGAGAACGAAGAAAGAGUUUAAGAACAGGUACACGAAUGUUUAUUGUGCAAGAGGAAUAGAACAUGCAUGGAUGUGGGCAUAAUUUACAGAAGCUCACACACCAUGCAAAUCAGUGUUAUUUCCAAGCUGGAUCUCCAGCCAUCUACAUUACCAGAUUUUUACCUGAUCAAGUGCCGUCAGAGAUAAUCAUGUUCAUUCUUGUCUUAUUAAAUUUUUGGUUGAUUAUACCUAAAGGGUUUUGAAUAUGUAGUCAGUAUCUACUGUUCGUGUGAGGACAGUAGAAACAGCUGAUCUGAGAUUAGGGUCAUCCCAGCAGAAAUAAAAUCAGUAUAAAGUGGUGAUGGAAGACUGCAUCUUUUCUGUGUAUUGGCAACCAAGCCCAUUUGGAGUUACAAAUGCAUAGAUAUAGCAUGACUUGGCAUAUAGAACCUGGCACUGACAGUGCGUGGGAAGGAAAGUAAAGGAAUGGGGAUGAGCAAUACAUGUUUCCAAGUGCCAUGUUCCCCAGGCUUGGCCCAACACUCCAUGGCCACUUCUCAGUCAUCACAAAAAGGGUGUUUGUUCUCUUAUUCAUUUGUCUGUACAUAUCUUUGUUGCCCAAAGGGUAGACAGUAAACACAUUACCACAAAAGUGAUCAUUUGUAAAUUGUAAUAACAUUAUUGUAUAACCUGUCAGCAUAAUGUAUAGCGCAGCCUAAGUGCGAAAGUAAUAAAAUGACUAAAGCAA